AUGAGCUCGAUGCUGCGCAAGCCGGAGCCACCGAGUCAGGAACUUCUGCUGCGGUGGUUCCAGACACAGGCGCGGCUGCUCGCCGACGAGCGGCGUGAAGAACAAGCGCAGUCCAAGCUGCUGCUCUCCAAGACCGCACCCAAGAUCCUCGAAAAGCACGGCCUUGCGCUGCUCUCGCUCGGCGUGGCGUCGAUCCGCAUCGGCGUCGGCGCCAAACUGCUCGUCGAGCUCGAGCGACCGUCGGCGUACCAUUCGUCGCCGAACUUUCCACCACACUCUUUCCGAUCCGGCGAUCUGGCUGCCGUGCUCGAGAACAGCGCCGAGCCUCAGGCUACCACCGACAGCGGCGUGGUUGAGGGGGUGGUCUAUCGUGUCACCGAGACGCGCAUCACUCUGGCGGUGAGCGAACGACAGCGAACGCCCAAGCCAAAGCCAGAGCCGGAAGGCGGUCAGAAUAAGCGAGAUGCCCGGACGGGCGACAAGAACAAGGUGUCUGGCAGCGAACUCGAUCUGCCGGAACGCAUCCGCCUCGUCAAGGUCGCCAAUGAGACCACGUUCGAUCGCAUGGAAGUGACGCUCGACAAGCUCGCCAGGGCUUUAGGAGUGUCUCUUGGCCCAGCCUCGUCGGGCGCCGAUGGUGACUCCUCUACCGAUGAGGCGGAUACCGUAGAGGCCGGACCUUCGAGCAAUGCCACCACAUUGCAACGCGCCUUGUUUGGGCUCUCUCCGCCUACGUGGCACCAGCAGGAUGUUCCGCUGCCACCAUUCAACGCGAGUCUGAACGAGACGCAGCUUGCUGCCAUCCGACACGCGCUCUCCUCGGACCACGUUUCGCUCAUUCACGGCCCGCCAGGCACUGGCAAGACGACGGCGAUCGUCGAGCUGAUCAUGCAGAUCGUUGCAUCGAACCUUGGUGCGUCGGAAGAUGCCGGGCGCGUGCGCGUCCUCGUCUGCGGCGCGUCGAACCUGGCGGUGGACAACAUCCUGGAGCGGCUUGUGGCGUCUGCGGCGCACCGCGAGGUGUUCAAGAAGAAGGGUGUGGGCGUCACGCGGCUGGGCCACCCUGCGCGUGUCGUGGCGAGCCUGCAGGGCGCGACGCUGGAUGCACAGUGUACGCAGUCGGCCGAAGCGCAGCUGGUCAAGGACAUCAGCAAGGAGAUCGAGACGAUCAUGGCCGAGCUCAAGCCCACGGCCGCUGCGGCGGGCAACAAGUCGGCCAAGGCCAAGCCAAAGCUGCGUGGAAGCGACCGCCGCAAGCGCUGGGAGGAGGUGCGCGAGCUCAGGAAGGAGUACAGACGCAGGGACCGCCAGGUGACGAGCAGCGUGUUGGACCGCGCGCAGAUCGUGCUUGCCACAUGCCACGGGGCGGGAGGCAGGCAGCUGGCCAACAGGCAGUUCGACUGGGUCAUCAUCGACGAGGCAUGCCAGGCGCUCGAGAUGGCAUGCUGGAUCCCCAUCCUCAAGGCGAGGGAAGGCGCCAGACUCGUUCUGGCGGGUGACCAUCUGCAGCUGCCACCGACGGUCAAGUCGAGUGUCAAGCCACACCGGCCCAAGGGCAAGCCUGCAAGGAAGAAGAACGCCGGUGGAUCUGCGUCGAAUACAUCAGAGAAAGAGGACCGCUCGAAAGAAGAUGCAACGACGAACCCCGCGGUUGAGGAGGCAAAGCAAGACGGCGACGAUGAUGGCGAUGACGACGUCGAGCUCGCGCAGAAGCUCGCUGCAGCCUCGAUGGACGAUGUCCGGCCAACGCGGCUGCGGCCAGCGCGGUCGUUGGAGACGACGCUCUUUUCGCGGCUGCUGGGGCUGUACGGCAGCGGGCUCAAGUCGCUGCUGUCGAUCCAGUACCGCAUGAAUACGGCCAUCAUGUCGUUCCCCAACGCCGAGCUGUACGAGGGCAAGCUAUCCGCGCACGACUCGUGCGCAUCCAUCACGCUCUCUGACCUUUCCAACGUCCAAACGGAUACCGGACCUGAUGACGAUGAUCUGUUGGCGCCGGUGGUGCUAUACGACACGUCUGGGUGCGAGCUGUACGAGUCGUCCCCCACCGCGGACGAGGGGGUGCUGCUAGCCGACUCCAAGUCGAACGUGCACGAGGCGGAGCUGGUAGUGCGACAUUUGGAGGAGCUGUUUGCGCGCGGGGUGGGUGCGGGGCAGGUGACCGUGCUCACUCCCUACGCGGCACAGGUGGCUUUGCUGCAUGCGCGCAUUCGCAGCCACAGCUUCAUCGGCAUCAAUGCGGACGAGAUCGAACUCGGCACCAUCGACUCCAUGCAGGGGCGCGAGAAGGACGUGGUGGUAGUCAGCCUGGUGCGUAGCAAUACCGAUCGCCAGGUGGGAUUCUUGGCGCAAAAGAAACGCCUCAACGUCGCCAUCACGCGCGCCAAACGUCAGCUCGUCCUCAUCGCCGACGCAGAGUGCAUCGCCGAAGCCACUGAUCUGCCCGACGAGUUCCUGCCCCACUACAUGGCCUGGUUGGACGAACAUGCCGUCGUCCACCCCGUCGCCGCCACAAUGUGA